UUGUCCUCGCACCACGUAAUAAUGCUUUUCUUAACAGAGACGCCUUUACCAUCCCUUUGCGUCUAUGGGGUUUGCCUGUUGAACUCUCGUGUCCCAUGUCGAGCUUGGCUCCAAGGCCUUCGUCUGUGUCCUGUUAUCCCAACGGCAUGAUUGUGAAGACUCAGCUAACUACCUCUGUUGAGAAUCUGUGGGUCAAAGUUGACGAUAAUUGGCAGCCACUUCUACUGGCAUCUCCUAGAUGUGAGUACAACAUAGUGUCCCUUCCAGAGGGAUUGGUCAUCUCUGCCCCAUAUAAGCCGUGUAUGGAAUCAAAGGAUGGAGUGUUUACACUUCACAUUGCUGCCGAAAAAGAGUUCCAACUCGUCUGUCCUUCUGAUGUGCAAAGUUUACCUCUCACCAGAUCAGGGUGGUAGAGUUGGAUUUGAUGCUAUGAGCAAGACAAGAACAACUAACCCAAGUCCUACUCUUGGACCUGCUUUUGUACCUGAACCUUACAAUCGCAGUGGGGCUGAUCUCCAGCCAACAAGAUUACCAACUAAAAGCCCCACUCUUAGGCCUGAUCCUGUGCCUGUCCAGUCGUUUGUACCUUACAGACCCAAUUGGGCAGAUCCCCGGCCAACAAGGACACCAAACAAAAGCCCCACUCGUAGACCUGAUCCUGUCCAUCCAUUAUUACCUUACAGACCUAGCUGGGCAGAUCCCCGGCCAACAAGGACACCAACCAUACGUCCCACUCUAAGGCAUUUUCCUCUGCCUGUCCCUUACAAACCCAGUUGGGCCAAUCCCCUGCCAACAAGGACACCAAACAUAAGCUCCGCUCAAAGGCCGGCUCCUUUGCCCGUCCAGCUGUUUGUACCAUACAAACCUAGUUGGGCGGAUCCCCAGCCAACAAGGACACCAACUAUACGCCCCACUCUUAGGCCUGAACCUUUGCCAGUCCAUCCGUAUUUACCUUCCAAACCUAGUCCCCAGAAAGUAGAUCACAAACCUCACUUUCCACCAAUAUCUAAGACUUUGUACCAUAUUUACCCCCCGAAAAAGCAACUGCCUAUUUCAUCUCAUUUGCAGCCAACAAGGACACCAAACAAAAUCCCCAUUCCAAGGCAUGAGACUUUGCCUGUCCAUCCGUACUUACCUUCCAAACCCAGUCCUCAGAAAGUAGAACACAAACCUCAUUUCCCACCAAUAUCUAAGACUUGGUACCCCAUUUACCCCCCGAAAAAGCAACUGCCUAUAUUUGGAGGAUGCCAAACAAAAUCCUCAUUCCAAGGCCUGAUCCUAUGCCUGUCCAGCCAUUUGUACCUUACAAACCCAGUUGGGCAUAUCCCCAGCCAACAAGGACACCAAACAAAAGCCCCACUCGUAGACCUGAUCCUGUCCAUCCAUUUGUACCCUACAAACCCAGUUGGUAUCUAAGACUUGGUACCCCAUUUACCCCCCAACAAGAACACCAAACAAAAUCCCCAUUCCAAGGCCUGAUCCUGUGCCUGUCCAGCUGUUUGUACCUUACAAACCCAGUUGGGUAAAUCCCCAGCCAACAAGGACACCAAACAAAAGCACUUCUCUUAGGCCGGCUCCUUUGCCUGUCCAUCCGUAUUUACCUUCCAAACCCAGUCCUCAGAAAGUGCCACCAAUAUCUAAAACUUGGUACCCUAUUUACCCUCCGAAAGAGCAUCUGCUAAUUCCAUCUCAAUUGCAGGGUCCAGGUCCUGCUUUACCCUUACCCCAACAAAAGCCUACAGAUAAAGCACCUGUAAAGGCCUCCACUCCAAAAACUCUGGAUAUCGACGGUGCAGUCUUUGUCUCUCGCUACUCGCCCAAUAAAAUGCCAUCUGGAUCAGUUCCCCAAUCUGUUCCUCCACCAUGUUACUCAAUUUACCCCUUUUUGUGCCCGGUAGGUUCCAUCAUCUACCUGUCCUAAAUCCUGCCGAUUCAUACUGGCCAACCAAGAACUUGACCUUAACUUCUUCGUCCAUUCCGCAUGACGGUUCCACACCAAAACUAGUUUCUAUGCUCAGUGGGGAUCAGAUUGGACCACUGCCUACAGCAGUCCCGGUGCAUGGUGAAGCCAAGCAGAUGCUUAAAGUACCCUCGGAACCUUUAACCAGACCACAGGAUCAAAGAAGCCCUUUCAUCCCUUAUGUUUGGGGUGGCUAUUUGCCACAGUUAUUUAACUGGUGGCAAAAUGCUCAGAAUGCAAGACCAUAUUUCAGCCCAGACCAUCAGCUUGAAAUGUACGUACCCUUUAAGAUGGAUGGAAAUAAUCCCUCCUUUCCUUCCUCUAACAUGGGUCCUGGGAUUCCUGGACCCACCCAUGUAGAGAGGCAUGUGCCCCAUCUACCAUCUUCAAGACAAACCAAUCUAAACCCAGUAAUGACUCUACAUCAGAGCUCAUGGGUGAAUUGAUUAAUCAACACAUCUGCAUAAUCUGAUCUCCAUGUCCGCCUUGCAGACUGAAGUCUCCCAACAACCAGCCAUGCUCCAUAACUUUGCUAAUUUCAAGCCACCAAGAAAGACCACCAAUUAUUAGAACGAUUUAUGCCAAGGUAUCACCACGAGGUCCCUGAAUCGACCAACCCCAGUGCUUAUUCCAAAAACAGGUUCCUAACGACCUUGGCAAACGUCAGAAUGCUGUACCUGCAAACCCUGUGACUAAGGGCUUUUAAGUAAGCAGGGUUCAGCUUGCAACUCCUCAAAUAAGACAAGAUGUUCUUUCUACUGUCCUGGAGCACCUGCCCUGUUUUCUUUAGUUCCAAGAAGUCAGCUCAGUGCAGAGAGGCUUCUAAGACGUCUUCAACUAGACGUCUGAUCCGGUCUGGCCAAGAAGAGCAAGAAGGCCGAACCAGUGUUGGUUAUAUUAAAGUGUAUUUAUUGUCUAUUUAAACUCUUCCUAUUGUAAUGGAUUGAUUUGUCACAGAUUGAUCUGUUCCAGUCCAUAUUUUGCACAUGUCAUGUUCAUUGUUCUUGUUUUGUAUAAAAGGAGCCACAAUAAAAUGA